UUAUGUACCGCGCUUUAACCAUGCAUGUAAUAAAACUUUUACGACUGCUGUGAUAUCAAAGUAGUACCUAUUGAUUCAGUCCUAUGGAGUCAUGUUUCGUUUAGCAUAUUAUAUUGUAAUAGCGUUACCCCUAAUUCUAGCAACACAAAUACAUUUUAAUAAUGGUUUAGAUUGUAAAAAAAUUAAAUGUCCGCUAAAAGAAGAUCCAGUGUGUGUAAAAGUUUAUUAUAAAAAAGCGAAUAAAACAAAAACGUAUCAUGUUAUUGCAUUUAAUGAGUGUGAAGUUGGAUAUAUAAAGUGUCAUGCAGAUUUAAAAGCUUCGAUUGUGCCAAUGAGAAACUGUGACCAUUCCAUUGAACAUUCAAACAAUAUUACAAAGUCAAAAUUUAGAAAACGUGCUAAACGACAAGUUACAACAAUGAAAUUUAUACAGAGUACGCAUAAGGCACAUAAGAUAGCUGGCAGAGCUGAUUAUCAUUAUGGUGAUAGAGUUUCCUCGUCUGAUGAAGAUACGCCUACUGAAGGUAGAGUGAAUCAGAAAUUGACCAUGAAACAUGACGUUGCUAGCCACGAGGUUGUGAAUAUCGGACACAAUGAUCCAACUGAACAAAAUCUGGAAAAUGAUAAUAUAGAAAAAGAAGGUGAUAAAACUAACGCAUCUGACGAAACAGUUACGAACACACACGAAAACAAACAAGAUGAAUUAGAUCAGCCAAAUGAUAGCAAAAACGCGAUGGUAGAAUUAGAAUCAAAUAGCGUUGAGAAAACUGAAAAGCCAAAGAAAUCAGAUGAAAUGGCUGAUAAUGUUGAAAAAACAAAAGAAGAGAAACAAGAGAUACAGUCAAGUAAAUCAAAAGAGAGAUACGAAGACCAUAGAUACUCUUCUGAAGAAACUAAGUUGGGUCAUAAUGACAAAAUCGUGAAAGACGUACCGGAUGAUUAUGACAAAAUUAAAGAAACAAAUGUUGACAUGGACGAAUAUAACAAAGACUGUCCUACCAUCUGUCCGUCUAGAGACAUAAUGCUAUGUGCGCGGUGUAACCAUGGUGUAUACCGUACUUUUAUGAGCGUAUGCCAUUUGAGGGUAUUCGCAUGCAAACAUAGUGAUGAAAAAUUGACCCUAGUAUCCCGGAAACCAUGUGUCCAAUCCGCACCCUUUCUCACCGACAUGCCGGACCCAGAAGGUCGAAUCUCGGAACCCGGGGACCGGGAUCCCGUGUUACAAUUCAUUGUAUGCAGGGCGAAGGGUUUAUUGAAGAAAGGUGAUCCAAAGUGCACUUUUGAUGAUGUUUAAUUUCAAGGAAUUACAAUGUUAUUUUUACCAAAAAUAAAUUUAAUGGAAAUUUUCUUUGUUGUUUCCUAAAUGUUUCAGAAAUUAAAGACUUACCUAUUA